AACGGAAUAAGAAGCAAGUCCAACGAUGACAGUGUCCUGGAUGCCUUGUCUAUCAAGCAGGAGCCAGAAGUGGUCACUGAUGCAGAGCUUCGCGCUUUAGCCAAAGAUCGUCAGAAGAAGGACAACCACAAUCUGAUUGAACGACGAAGGCGAUUCAACAUCAACGAUCGGAUCAAAGAAUUAGGAACCCUGCUGCCGAAGCCGAACGAACGGGAUUUUGAUCUAGUGCGGGAUCAGCGCCAAAAUAAAGGAACUAUUUUGCGAGCGUCGGUGGAUUACAUCAAGCGUUUGCGCACGGAGACGAACGUGCUGCUCGAGUACAAAGAGAGGCAUAAUGCGAUGGAGCAAGAAAUGAAACGACUUGUGCUUCACAUUCAGAACCUCGAGGCUCAGAUGAAAAGGCAUGGCAUUUCGCCGGUGGGCUCCAACUCGACGGGAAGCUGGUACGGCUCCGACGAGACCCACGGCCCGUGCACCGGUCGCGAAGUCGACGCAGUUGUCGAAAGAUCCAGUCCUCAAAACGUGGUGACUGCUUCCUGCUCUCAUCCCGCCGACCCGGCUUCCCCCGUAAAUGUCGUCGAAAGGAACAUGGCCCUAAACGGGGGCCAUGAUCAGGACACCUUUGCGCUCAAUGACGAUUCGUUGCCGAUUGCGUUGCAAUUGCCUGUGGGCGUCGGGAUGAACGCGUCUGCCGGCGGCUUGGUGCUCUCUGACGUGGCGGACGCGCAUUCUCGUCUUCACUCGUCGCUUCAUCAGUCGACCAACUUCGACGCUCUGGGUUUUGUCCUGUCCGAUCCUGAAUCCUUCAGCAUGCUCGGUUUCGAGCGCGACAAGACGGACAUUCUGCCGAGCCCACGACUCACCCUGGAUUACGCGGGUCUGGACUUGAUGGAGGAAGGCGCCAGUCCCUACUGUACCAAUGCGGACCAGCUUUUUUCUUCGCCUGGGCUGUCAUCGCCGGAAAACAGCUCUCACCAAAGUGUCGAUGAGAAAAGCCCAGAGAGUAUGGAAAUGGGCUGCGAGUGAGGUCUCAACAGACUGACGCACGACUUCCGUGCGGUUACGCUUACCUUUGGCAUCAGUCGUCACCGUGUCCGUCGCCGUGAUUCUAUUCCCAUGCUUUCUUCCCUGAAUCAUGAUCAAUCAUUUGUUUGCAUUUCCCCCCCUCGAAUAUCACUUCACUGUACGUCUCGCCCGUUGAAAUGCGUGCGUAGAAAUCGUUCGCUGAAUUUUGGUUGAGAAUGAUCCAGGUUCCUUGCCCGUAAGCGGUAGUUUGUGCGGAAGUGAGGAGCUGAUGAGUUGCAGUGUGCGCGAAACUGACCCUGGUUUCGUUCUGACGGAUUACCCUGGUCCCUGUAGCUCAGCCAUUGUGACGUUGCAUUUGCUUUUUCCCCCAUCCGCAUUUGAGUGCAAUUUCAAGCCGUACAUUACGACGAGAGUAGUUUUGAACGUCGAUUGAAUCCUCUCCGGAUUGGUUUCAAGUAUCCGUUGAUGUGCGGUAGAUUUCGUACGCGGUUUUUUAUGGGCUUCUGAAAUGGUGUCAUUUUGCUUUGUGCAAGGCAUUUUAGCCAUUGAUGGAAUCGUUGUCAUUCCAGCGACUCUCCCUUGUGUCGUGCUUCCGUAUUGCGGUGAUUGCUGUUGCGUAUGUGGGUGUGUAUUUAUUUUUUUUUAUGGAUGAUCAAUAGAUGCAUGGACGUGAACAAAGCAACCCUAUUCCUCAUACCAUCCCCCUUUUAGAUGGUCAUGAUUUCUAUAUUUGGAUAUGAUUGGAUAGGUUGAUUUUGAAUUGUGGAUGCAAUGUUUCCCCUGAUGUGAAUCAGAUAACAAAAUUGAGAAUUAUGUGCAGAAUUUCCCAGCGUUCAAUUGGAUGAAAGGCGAUGUAGUACGUUCUAGUAUGAAGGUGAGGUCUUUCGAAAGUGCGGCAUUUUGAGCCUUAAUUCGUGCCACUUGUGACAUGAACACAGCUUUUUGUGUUUUCGUGAAAAUUCUCAAGAUUUGACUGUUGACUUUUUUUUCAAUAUGCCGAUUUAAGUGACUUCACCAUGAGAAAAAGGACAUUGAUGAAUCCGUGAGUCAUUGAAUUCAGGCAGGUUUGAUUCAGCAUUAGGUAAGGCUAGCUUUAGGUAAGAUUGAUCCAAUGAUAAUUCUUCAUAAAGAUUUAAGGAUGUGCAGUAUGAAGAUUUUUAUUUGAGAAUGAUGCAAAAAGCACGCUUUUACAUUUGACCUGGUCUCCGUUACCGAUCACGGACAAAGUUCGAUUGGUUUACGCUUUAGCUCCAAGAGUGGGUCUGCAUAAAUUUGUCCUUGCCUGAAGAGGAGUGUGGGUGCAUGCAUUUCGAAGUAUGUAAUGAUGAAAUUGCUGAUCAAACCCUUUCUCUAUUUUUUUUCUGUUUUCUGUGUUGGAUGUGCUGAGGUAUAUGUGCCCGCUCUGGUUCUGUGGAUGACAUUGAGAACCAAAUUUUUGAAAUGGGACAGAUGAAAAAAAUAGGACAAACAGAUUUUGACAUUAUGUGUGGCGAUGGGUUUGGGCCACUUUUUUUUUUUUUAGGUUGAUCUGCGCUCAUUAGGUAUUUUUUACUAAAUUAUUUUCGAAGUUCUUGUGUCUCUCAUGCGAAUCCUAGUUAUUGCCCGAUGCUGUAACCAAAUGCUGUCAAUUUUGUUUUUGAACAGCGAUAAAUUGUAUCAUUUGAUUUUGAAAAUUAUCUGCAACCCGAAGCGUUUUUGUUGCUAUACCCUCAUCGUGACCUUUGCUCGACUUUUUGUUUUUGCAUCUUCUGUUAUCAGGAAUCCAUGCCAGUGGGAUUGAUGAUCCCCAGUACCGGUUGUUGAAAUGGAAUUAUUCGUGCAAUAUUUUGCUCCAGUGAUCAAUUGAUGGUGCGUUCAACCGUAGUCCUGACGGAUGCUUGUCGCUUCACGACCAUUUCCAAAAUAACGUUUCAGAUCUGCCUUCUCUGCGUGUCCGGCGAACAACGAUUUUUUUUCACCCUGAGGAAAUUUCAGAAUAAGUCGCCUAUAGACAGCGAAAUCUUAUUCUGCCCACAGAUGAUGAUAUUUUGCAAGGAUUGAAGGGGAAUCCUCAAGUUUCGGGCUCAGUAAUUGUAGUGAUUCGUUCGCACAAAGAGAGAACUUAACAUCGUUUUGAGGGAAUGGGCGCAGGCGGCCUCCUUGGUUUUCUUCUGCAAGUGCCUUUGAUAGUAACUGCACCAUGGUUAAUAGCGUGUAGUUCAUCGAAACGACGCGUGCGUCCUGUGGGGAAUGAGGGAUUUUUUGAGGUCUUCUGCAACGGUGAUGCUCGUAUUCAGCUUCUCGGAAAAAUAGCCUUAGCUUUUUCUGGAUAUUUGUUGGCGCGCCGGCUGACGUAACCGUCCACCUGGUGGUUGUUCAUUUCGGGUGCCGCGCGACAGCAUGCAGGAUGAAUAAAACUGUUAUUCUCGUGGGAGGAGUGUUUUCUGGAAACA